CGUCAUCUAACAGCGCCAAAAUACUGCAUAUACAACCUUUGCUAAAACGGAGCUUACUUUUUUUUUUUUUUUAGUUUUUUUCCGCUAGUAUUUAUCGUCAUCGUCUAGCAGUGAUGCAGAGAGCUACAAACUGCGUUUUAUGGCGUGUUUUUUAUCCUUUAAACGUAGGAAAUGCUCCUGCUGUCAUUAACCGAGUAAACAGCUCGCUGUUAUGCAGAAAGUACAGUACUCUUCCUCCUCCCCGGGACAAGGAGGAGAAAGCCCUGCUGGACAGCAUGCUCCGCGUGGACCAUGCCGGAGAAUACGGGGCCAAUCGCAUCUACGCUGGACAGAUGGCUGUGUUGGGAAGAACUCAGACAGGCCCGCUUAUCCAGCACAUGUGGGACCAAGAAAAGAUGCAUUUGCAGAAGUUUAAUGAGAUCUUGGGGGAGAACCGAGUGCGACCAACACUCAUGCUGCCUUUGUGGAACGUUGCAGGGUUUUUACUCGGAGCCUCUACAGCACUUCUGGGGAAAGAGGGAGCAAUGGCCUGCACUGUGGCGGUGGAGGAGAGCAUCUCUGAACACUACAACAACCAAAUCCGAACGCUAAUGGAAGCAGAUCCUGAGAGAUAUGAGGAGUUAUUACAGCUCAUUAAAGAGUUUCGUGACGAUGAACUGGAGCACCACGACACUGGGCUGGAACACGACGCCGAAUCGGUUCCUGGAUAUUUGGUUUUGAAGACUCUAAUACAGGCCGGCUGUAAAGCUGCGAUUUACAUCUCGCAGCGGAUUUAAAAAAUCCUUUCUCGUACUGAGUCAUUUUGUUUCCUUAUUUAACUAGUCCAGUGUUGAGUAUGACGAGGUGGAGUGUGAUGUUGAGUGAUGGGACACAGAUCCUGCACAGGAACACAAGACACAGCUUGCUGUAAAGAACACCUCUGAUGUUUCAGAUAACUUAAAAUAGAAAUACGGGCCUGGUGCAUCCAUUAUUUUAAGUUUUAUUUAAUAUAAUGAAGUUGUAAGAUGAAUUUAUUUUCCUGAUUAUGGGCCAUACCAGAAUUUUCAUCUGCACAGGGAAAAUAGAUUGAUUUUUAUUUUUUUUUUUUUUCUUCCCAAGGAUGUUUCAUUACCAUUCUAAUAAAAUGUAUGACUGUAUAUGCCAUUGUUUUUGUUUUUAUAUAUUUAUGUAACUGUAUUUCUUCCUAAAUUGGUAUAUAAUCUAUAUCCAGCAAUGGUUACCAGAAUAAACAGUGGAAGGCCAAAAGUAUGUGGACACCUGAUCACCACAAAUUUGGAAGCACACAGUUGUAUAGAAUGUCUUUGUAUGUUAUAAAUUACAGUUUCCCUUCACUGUAACUAAAAGGCCCAAACCUGUUCCAGCAUGACAAUGCCCCUGUGCACAAAGCGAGCUCCAUGAACACAUGGUGUGUGAAGGUUGGAGUGGAAGAACUCGAGUGUCCUACACAGAGACCUGCCCCCAACCCCACUCAACACCUUUGGGAUGAACUGGAACACCGACUGAACCCCAGACCUCCUCACCAACAUCAGCGCCUGACCUCACUAAUGCUCUUGUAGCUGAAUGAACACAAAUCCCCACAGCCACGCUCCAACAUCUAGUGGAAAGCCUUCCCAGAAGAGUGGAGCUGAUUAUAACAGUAAAAGGGGACUACAUUUUGAAUGACAUGUGACUUUUGGCCAUAUAAUGUAUCUAUCUAUCAAGGCUCUUUAAAAAAAAAGAGGUUAAAUCUAGAACCCUACAACAGAGUUGCUCUAUCUGAGGGUUAGGGCUCCUUUAGUAAGCUAAAAAGCCUUUAACUAUCCAAAGAAUCCUCAAAAUUGUUGCUCAUUAAAAGUUUAUGGACUCUUAGCUUUAAGAUGUUUUAAUAAACAAGCAUUUUCUUUGUC